CAGCUCAUUUUCCUCCUGUCAUUCCUCCUCCUAUCUUUGAUCAUUGUCCCGCCGCUGAGCCCCCCCCUCCCCAAAAAAAACCCCUCACUCAGCACGCCUUUUUUCGGGCAGCUCUUUUUACUUCCCAACUUAUCUGAGGAACUAAACUCUGGUGGAUUCUUUCAUUUAGGGGUGUCUCGGCAGGCUGGGUUUUCUACUUUGAACUUCGGCUACUCUCUUCCCCUCCUGUAGGUGACCAUGGCCGUACCGGCUGCUCUGAUCCCACCAACUCCUCUGGUCCCACCGCCUCCGAUCUCGACUCCCUCCGCGACGACGUCCCCGCCGUCGACAACUUCAUCACCGUCUCCAUCCUUGGCCCCCCCAUCCGGACCCGGACAGAACCUGUUCAGAUCAGAGCUCCUCGCCACCGGCAGCCCGGGCAUCCCGACCCCGACCGCGGCUCUCCCACCCGGUAAACCCGUGUACUCGACUCCUUCGCCUGUUGAAAACAUACCGCAAAACAACGAGUGUAAGAUGGUCGAGUUGCGCGGUGCCAAAGUCGCCUCUUUCACCGUGGACGGCUGUGAGCUCAUCUGCCUUCCUCAAGCUUUCGACCUGUUCCUGAAGCACCUGGUCGGCGGACUGCACACGGUCUACACCAAGCUGAAGCGGCUGGAGAUCACGCCGGUGGUGUGCAAUGUGGAGCAGGUCCGCAUCCUCAGAGGGCUCGGCGCCAUCCAACCCGGGGUGAACCGCUGCAAACUCAUCUCCAGAAAAGACUUCGAGACUCUGUACAACGACUGCACCAAUGCGAGCUCCAGACCCGGGCGGCCUCCGAAGAGGACCCAGAGCGUGACAUCACCUGAGAACCCCCACAUCAUGCCCCACUCGGUCCCCGGUCUCAUGUCCCCUGGCAUGAUCCCACCCACAGGCCUGACAGCAGCGGCGGCAGCAGCUGCCAACGCAGCCAUCGCAGAGGCCAUGAAGGUCAAGAAGAUCAAGCUGGAGGCGAUGAGCAGCUACCACAGCAACGCCAACCACCACGGGGCUGACGGAGAGAAUGGAGACCUCAGCUCUAGUGUCGGCCUGGAACUCCCCUUCAUGAUGAUGCCCCACCCCCUGAUCCCAGUCAGUCUGCCCCCAGCCUCUGUCACCAUGGCGAUGAGUCAGAUGAACCACCUCAGCACCAUAGCAAACAUGGCCGCAGCAGCACAGGGCCAGAGCCUGCCCUCCAGAAUGGUCACCUCUGUCAUAAAGGGGUUGCAGGAACGUGUGCCGGACAGCCCCUCCCCUGCCCCCUCCCUAGAAGACAACAGGAGGCCAGGGAGUCACCCAUCAUCCCACCGCAGCAGCAGUGUGUCCAGCUCCCCAGCCCACACAGAAAGCUCUUCAGACAGGAUACGUACGUCUCUAUAUGAGCUUACAACACAGAUAAAUGCAGCACAUCACAAUGGCCUGUCCAUGAACCAUGCCCUGCUAGGCCUGUCUCCCAACAUUCCCCCUGGACCGAAAGAGGGAGAUCUGGCCCAUGACAUGAGCCAUGAAGCAAAGAGGAUGCAUGCUGACAAAGAGGACAACCCUAUGUGCACCCCAACAGCAAGAGAUAGCUACGAGAGGUUGUCCUUGGCUGGACAAGCUCUGCCUCCUGGCUUUCCCUCACCUUUUCUCUUCCCCGAUGGCUUAUCGUCAAUAGAGACUCUCCUUACCAACAUACAGGGCCUGCUGAAAGUGGCAAUUGACAACGCACGGGCUCAGGAGAAGCAGGUGCAGCUGGAGAAGACGGAGUUGAAGAUGGAGCUGUUCAGAGAGAGGGAGCUCAGGGAGACUCUGGAGAAGCAGCUCGCCAUGGAGCAGAAGAACAGAGCAAUUAUUCAGAAGCGUCUGAAGAAAGAGAAGAAAGCCAAGAGGAAACUCCAAGAAGCUCUGGAGUAUGAAUCCAAGAGGAGAGAGCAGGUUGAGCAGAGUCUGAAGCAGCCGUCACCCUCCGACAGCAUGCGUUCACUCAACGACUCUCUGACCCCUGAGAUGGAGAGUGACCGCAGCAGUGGAAGAACAGAUGCUGAAAGGACAAUACAAGAUGGAAGACUGUUCCUGAAAACCACAGUGAUGUACUGAUAAGGCCGUGAGGAGCUGCAGGAAAUAAAAAUUUAAAAAAAACAAAACAAAAAAAACAAAACAAAAAGAGAGAGAAAAGAAAACCCAUGAAGAUUCUCAAGAGCCUUUAUCCAGGCUGAUUUAGUAGUGGAAAGAAGUCAAGCUGCUUGUAGGAGUUUCAAUGGAAAUGCUGUGUUCACCCAAAUGCUGGAGGAGGUUGAGUCUGAAUGUAGAAUAGGAAGUCUUUUUCUCACAGCGGCCGACAUUAAAUAGAUCGAUAAAGCAGGUUUUGACGUAACAGGUUGGCCAACGUGAAGGAUUAACAUAUAUAUCGAGCACAGUAAAAUGUACCCAUGGUACACUGUUGGUAAUAACUCAUAAAUUCACAGCACUGAAGAUUUUUAUACUGUAUCUCAGCCAGCGAGAAAGCUUCGAAAAAGAAAUUCGACUGAAGUUUUUUUUUUUUUUUUUGUAUUUCCAAUUGAAUUUUGAGAAGCUAAAAAUAACACAUGGAGAUGAACCUUGUGGG